AUGUCUUCAGAAAAACUCAUGACUCUUAAGACUAGCGAUGGUGAGGAAUUCAAACUCGAUGAGGCUAUAGCUAUGAGGUCAAAAGUCAUCAAGAACAUAGUACAAGACAUGGAUUGUACUUCUAAUGCCAUCCCUUUGUUUAAUGUUGAUGGAAAAACAAUGACAACAGUGGUUAAAUAUUGGAAGAAGCAUUUGGAGGAAUGUGUUACGCAAGAUCAAUUAAAGAAUUUUGGUCAGAAUUUCUUGAAGAUGAGCCACUCAGAAUUAUUGGGUGUUGUCUUGGCUGCUAGAUAUCUUGAUGAUAAGCAUUUGAAGAAGGUAAUAAUCCAAGAAUUUGUUGAUAGAAUCACACAGAGAAUACUAGAGGAAAUAUGA